ACAACAUAACUGGAUCCCUGUGGGAGGUACAAAACCCACCUUCCCCUAGUUCGUGCCACUUGGAAGGGGCAAAUUCUGAGAAGUUCUUCUUCUCUGUCUUAAGAUGGCACAGCAAAAGGUAGUGCUGAAGAUUCUGGCCAUGAAUGAUGCGAAGACAAAGCAGAAAGCAAUAGAGGCUGCUGCGGAUAUCUACGGUAUCGAUUCAAUAGCUGCGGAUCUGAAGGACCAGAAGAUGACCAUCACAGGCGAGAUGGAUACAGUGGCGAUCGCAAAGAGGUUGAAGAAAAUAGGAAAGAUUGAUAUUAUAUCAGUUGGGCCAGCCAAAGAAGAAAAGAAAGGACAGAAGAAAGAGGAAAAGAAGGAAGAGAAGAAGUAAAAUAGUGCGGCAUAUUGAUGCUAGUAUUAGAGGCUUUUCUCCUAAUAAACUGAGAAACUGUUUGAGAGUGCUCUGCAAAUAGAAGUAUGAAGUUUCACAAUACAAACACCUUAUCCUGUCAUGAUCUCAACCUCAGAUCACUCCCAACACCUUUCCUGCCAAGUGGUUAUAACCUGACAAAAGCUACAGAUGAACAUUAUAUGAAACUAGGAGAUAUCUUACACUUAGUUUUCUUAUAGUAUGACUUAUUUUUCAAGACAGUGACAAUUGGACAUAUCAGGCGUGCGCCUGCAUAAUCUCAUUCCUUGACCUAUUGCAUGAAUGAGACAUUAACUUGCAUGGUAGCAAUAUAUAGCUGAAUUAGUUCAUCAGUAUGUCACAAGUUGCAUUUAUUCCUUCAGCUUAGGCCGGCAGGUCAGCCAAAACAAGCAAUACAGAAUUGGUCAUCAGCAGCGGGUGAUCAAAAUGAAAAUGACACCGACGAACAUUGCAUUAUUUCCCAUCCCUUGUAGUUAAUUUUUCUGUUAUGUAAAUUAGUCUUUCAGGGAACAAUAUCAAUGUUGUUGUUGGUAGAACAACUUGACGCAUUAAAAUUAUUGAUGCAGAAUAGAAUCAUAACCUGAA